CACGGGGAUAACUGCGAGAAAAAGAAAGCGAACAGCCCCACCUCGGCAUCUGGAAAAGCACCGAAGAAGAAGGAGACGGUCCUCCCCCUCUACCCCACACCCCGUCGCCAACCCGCCCUAUCUACCCUACCCACCACUUCGUGCCAUCCCUGUGGUCCGAACUGCCCUCCCACCCCCCGGGAGAACCACGAGCACCCAUAGGAAACCCCCACUUGACCAGCGUUGCCAUUGAGCGAUGCGCUUUGAAUUUGGGAAGAAAUCACCCCUGCGCGUUUGAUGCAGAACACAACCGGUGGUCUUCAUUUUUUGCCUCAGCGGGGACCAGUUCAGGCUACGGAUCCGGGUGUUUACACUUUUUUUGACGGGUUCCCAGUGGCAUGAUAACAUGCAGCAUAUAUCAUCCCACGGCAACAGACAAGGCUUCCAUUCCAUAGAGUAGUCUUUAUUUACACAACCAGCUGUCACAUAAGCUGCCUUUGAGCUUAUGUUUGAUUUUUCCAUGCUCAGAAAUAAUCCCGACAAUGGUCUGGGAGCGGACCGCCUCUCCAGACACCUAGUGAUAUUUUUUCAAGACGUGUCAGGUCUACAUUUCGUUUUUAUCGAAGAAUAAGCGGCAAAUUGACGAGGGAGUCACUUGACGCCGACGCCGCUCGAGCCACGGGACUUCGCGUGCGAAGUUUGCGCCGGGAAGAGGGGCACCGAAUCGGAGAUAUCUCGGCUGUAUCCGCGGCAUUUUCCCUGUGAGGUGGGAGGUCGCCGGGUUGCGGUCAUGCUGUCCCUGGACGAGCCCCUGGACCUUAAGCUCCCUCGGCGGGCCAAUGGGCGGGACAGAGGGGUGCGCUCGCCCCCCCUCUCCCCGCUGCACCCCAAGCGAGCUCGCCAGCUCCGCAUGGCUGACGAUGGCACCGCGGUCAUAGAGCCAGCCUCGCCAGCUUCUCCGCGCACAGUUGUGCAGGUUUUCCCUCACGAUCGAACGGAUACCCCCACCCCCCCUGCGGUGGACCUGAGCAUGUCCCCCUCCUCCCGUCACACCCCCAGCUCUCCAGAAAUGACCAACAGCAACUACAUCCCCUCAGGGAAUUCUCACAUCUCACAGGCCUUUCAGUUUUUUGUGCCAAUCGGAGCUGGGGCGGGACUUCACCUGCCAUCCUCCAUGUUCAUUGGCCAGACAAGCGACAAGAGAGCCUCUCCUGAUCUGUCAGCAGAUGAACAACUGGCCUGCCGCUGGAGGAAGUGCCACUUGCUCUUUGACUCCCUGCAAGACUUGGUAGACCAUGUCAACGACUUCCAUGUCAAGCCUGAGAAGGAUUCUGGGUACUGCUGCCACUGGGAGGGCUGUGCUCGCAAAGGCAGGGGCUUCAAUGCUAGGUACAAGAUGCUCAUCCACAUCCGCACUCACACUAACGAGAAGCCCCACCGCUGUCCCACCUGCAACAAGAGCUUCUCACGUCUGGAGAACCUUAAGAUACACAACCGUUCACACACAGGUGAAAAGCCCUACAUUUGUCCUUAUGAGGGUUGCAACAAGCGUUACUCCAACUCCAGCGACCGUUUCAAACACACACGCACACACUAUGUGGACAAGCCCUACUACUGCAAGAUGGUGGGCUGCCUGAAACGCUACACAGACCCCAGCUCUCUCCGCAAGCACAUCAAAGCCCACGGCCACUUUGUGGCUCAGGAGCAGGGCUCCCAAGGUGGGGUGGGCUCCCUGCUGAAGGGCAGUCAGAGUGGAGGGCUUGUGAGUGGAGGGGGAAAGGAUUCGGAGCUGUCCUAUGUGAGCGGAGCCCACAUUAUCAUCCCAGGGGCAGCGGCUGCUCUUCUGGGAGGCCAUGCUCUGCAGGGCCUGAGUGGCGCUGUGCCCCUGUCUCCCCUCAGUCCUCGGCCCCUGGACCUCAGCUCACUGGGUUGCCCUAACUCACCUCCGGGCAGCCUGGGAGGCACGCCCAUCCUGUCCUUCAACGGCUCCCCACUGGGCCUGGCCAAGUCCCCUCUGCUCCCCCCAACGUUUCCCUCCUCGGCCCUGGGCCUGCCAAUGGUGCCCAUGCUGGGGGCCAUGUCUGAGCGCAGGGUCCAGCGCCAGCAGGCCAAGAAGGGCCAGGGGGAGGAGGCAGAGAAUGAGGUGACAGGGGGGGUCCUGAACCUCUCCACAGGCGGGUCUCAUGAUCCGCUGUCCUGGGUGGUCAUCCCUCCAGGCACCGUGGUGCUCAAGCCAGCUGUGGUCAACUGAUACACAAACACAC